ACAAAUCCAGAACGAAGGGAUGGAAGGAAGCUUCACCAUUUCUGGAAAAGAAAUGAGCUACGUGAAUAAGAAAAAUCUAGUAAUCGAAAUUAAUCCAUCGUCUGAUCAAAUAGUAAUGGGUGGAAAUUGGGAAUAUAAGAUGAGACUCCUCUGUGCUAGACUUAGUAGAAAUUCAGAAGACUCAUCAGCCAACUUACAGAAUUUCUACCUCUUGGGGGAGAAAAUCAACGAUAAUAAUUGGGGAGACCUUGCUCGAACAAUUGUCCAAGAAGAAUUCCCGAAUAGUUAUAGAAACCUUUGGAAAAUAGCUUUUCGAGCCUAUACCUUAUAUUUUUCUCACAGCGUUCCGAAUCUUCUUAGGGUCCAACAUAUUACGCCUCAUAUCCUAUUAAAGAUGUAUGAGAAUGAUUUCAAUAAGUUAGUUGAUGAGGCAAGAGCUAUGAAAAAUAAAGAGGAAAUAGCUUUACUUGAGCUCUAUGAAUCUUUUGCAGGGGCUCAA